AACUGCCGAAUUCCAGUAUCCGCCGUCCUGGGAUUCCGACCGCUCCCGCACACGUCCGUCCUCUUCACUCGCCUUCCCGAAAAGACCACAAACUCUGUCUUGGUUCCCCCCAUACAAGAUAGCAUAACAGUCACUUAUUGGUUAGCUCUCCAUUAUCUGUAAUUAUAACCCAAACAUUUACAGCUACAAAGAACCAUUACAUCACCGAUUAACUUUACAGAGAAGCCAUUUCAUUGUAACACCACAGAGAAGCCCUUUUGUUAGCCUCAGCAGUUAACAUGGAAGAGAAUCCACACAGUAACUAAAUAUAUAUAUAUAUAAUCUCAAAUAAUAACCCUGACAGGGUGUCAAGAAAACAACCUCUCCCUCAAUGUCACGAAAACAAAGGAGCUGGUUGUGGAUUACGGGAGGAAUGGAGACGGGCUGACCCCUAUUGAUAUCAAUGGAUCUGGGGUUGAGAGGGUGAACAGCUUUAAGUUCCUCGACAUAAACAUCACCGAGGAUCUCACGUGGUCUGUACACACCGGCUGGGGACAUGUUUGACAGCAGGGGUAAACAGGACAGUUUCUGAAGGUCUGACCUUUGCAGAACUAAUUACUGAUGAAGGUAACAGAGGAAUGUUAUGGAACGGAGCAACCCCAUUGCCGUUCUCUGUAAAUUAUAAUCCUGCUUUGUUUGAGAUCUAAGUUUGAAGUUGUUUUCCAGACAAUAUUUGGCUGGAAAAUAUUAGAAGACCGAGUUGAACAGCACAUGACAGAAUCUGGAAGUUCCACUAAGAUUCACUUGUCCAGGUUCGAUAGCGAUGUGGGAAAUGGAGAGGACAGAAAUGCCUCAGGGAAUCUCCUUGCGGUCACCAAAGGAAAAGUAAGUAGAAACUUUGAGUGAAGCUUCAGGGCGACUAGCGUCUGGGACGUGUGAAAGAGAUGUGCUGGGUGGUUUUACUGUUGUCUUGUUUCCGCUUCCUCAUGGUAUUGAUAUUGGAGAAUCACAGAUUUCGUACUCGCCAGGUAUCUGGUUUGAUGUGGAAAUGUGGGUAUGAGAUGCCCACAUUUCUGUGGGAAAAGGGCAUUUGGGGGAAAUUACUCAUCGGUUUAUAAUUAUAUUGGGAAUGUGAUUUAACAAUUUUGGAAAGGUUGGAAUAUUUUUGAGAGCAAUUCUAAAAGUUGAUUCAGUAAUAAGACUGUUUUCCUUUAUAGAACGUAAAAGAUGUUGUCCGCGACCUUUAACAUAUUGAUUUUGAGUUUGAGAUUCAUUGGAAAAUAGUUUCGAUGCAUUGUCAUGUAAAUUGUUUCCCCUUGAUUAUGCAGUCUGCAUCUCCUCAUUGACCCGACCCGAUCUCUGAUCCCUGAUACCCCCACCUCUGGCACAAAGAACGGCAGGACAUCAGACCGAGUGUGCAGGCUUAACUGGUCAGCAACCCCGUCACUCACACGGUCUCAACCAAUAACAGGCGUGGAUCUGCUUGGGUCAGGUACCACCCAGUGAAACCCCCAGGUCCUGUCACCCCGGUGGGAAGGGUAAAAGUAUACUCGGGCAGGAAAACCCGGUCCCCACCCCACACACUUGGAGCGAGCUGAUGGCUGAUUCAGCCGUGACCCGCCGCUCGCAAAAGCACGGAAUCGAUUAAUUUCAGGUUGAAUUGGGAGGCACAAACUUUAUCUAAUUUUGGGACCGCGGGGACGAAACCCGCUCCCAUUGGCGAACAGAGAUGUCAGUGAAGCCACCCGGUCCAAUCGCUUUGAUUCCCCGCCCCUUCCGCCAUUACUGUCCCGAGCGAUGUUUGUUUGUUUCGUUCGGGUGUGUUAAAAGUUUUCUUGCUCCCUUCUCUGUGGUGUGUUAUUUGCCCGAGGCCCCUCGCCCUUGCACUACAACAGUCGUGUUUAAUAUUCCCUCCCUGGGUGCAGUUGCCGUCUGUUCCCCCGACGAUCCCUGCACUGCAGGAGUUCAGCGGCUCAUGGGAAGGUGAAGAAUGUUCAAGCAGAAAGUGUUGGGUGGGAAACAUGGCUUCUCGACAAUACGUACAGAGUUUAGUGGAGGAGGCAGUUUGUCCCGUCUGCCUUGAUUUCUUCACCACUCCGGUAACACUCGACUGUGGACACAACUUCUGCCUCUCCUGUAUCACACAGAGUUGGGAAAAGGGAGGGAGAAACUGCUGUCCGGAAUGUAGAGCAAAGUUCUCAGACAAAUAUCUCAGGAUAAAUUGGGCCCUGGCAAGUCUGGCUGAAAAAGCUCAACAAUUGAACCUGAAUUGGAAAGAGACGGAGAUGAGAUCUCAGUGUGAGAAACAUCGGGAGGAACUGAAGCUGUUUUGUGACACGGACAAGCAACUGGUCUGUGUGAUUUGUAGAGACGCGAGGGAACACAAGACUCACAACUUCAUGCCGAUUGAAGAAGCUGCGGAGAUUUACAAGUGUCAAGUUAAAUCAUCGUUCGAAUCUCUGACAGGGAAGAAAUCUGCCAUCCAGGAGUUGGAACAGCGACAGAAACAGAAGAUUUCUGGAGUGAGGGAACAGUCACACAGUCUGCAGGCCAACGUCACAUCUGAAUUUGCUAAAAUACACCAGGUUCUGGCUGAGAGAGAGCAGCGCCUACUGAGUGAUCUCAGGGCAGAGGAGGAGAAGAUUCUGAACACCAUGGAGAAAAAUCUUCAGGAGAUUGAAGAGAAUUUAACCUCUGUAGAGGAGAAACUCUCCAAGUUGCAGAAACAGAUGAAUGAGGAAGACAGUGCGACGUUUCUGAAGGAGGAGUUGUGUCAGGACAGGAGGGUUAGUGAAGAAGCUCAGACGUUGUCUGUAACAGAAGGUGCCGUAACCAUCGGAGAAUUCAGGGACACAAUAUUGAGAGGGAUGUUUGAUGCCAUAAAGCAAGUUUAUGAGACCAUUGAUGUGGAAACAGCCAGCCUGAGCAUCGAGGUGUCUGAGGAUCUGAAUCGUGUGAGAGGGACCGGCAUCCAGACCAGUCUCCCGGACACCGGUGAGGAGUACAAUAAACCUGGAGAUUGGGGAGUGAGACUGUUGUCUGAGGCUCUGAGGGACCCGGAGUGUAAAAUACAGAAACUGGGGUUGACAGCUGAUCAUUUCACAUCUGAGUUUGAGCACUUCAUCUCCGAUCUCAGUACAAACCGCUCACUGAGAGAGGUGGAGCUGGACCUGAGUGACAAUAAACUGGGAGAUGGGGGAAUGAAACUGUUGUCUGAGGCUCUGAGGGACCCGGAGUGUAAAAUACAGAAACUGGGUCUACGGUCUGUCGGUCUCUCGGCUGCUGGUGUUGUGGAUCUUGCAUCCGCUCUUAGUACAAACCGCUCACUGACAGAACUGGACCUGUCUUAUAAUAAUCUGGGAGAUUCAGGAGUGAAACUGGUGUUUCAGGCUCUGAGGAGCCCAGAGUGUAAAAUACAGAAACUGUGUCUAGAUUCUGUCGGUCUCACAGAUGCUGGUGUUGUGUAUCUCGCCUCCGCUCUCAGUACUAACCGCUCACUGACGGAGCUGGACCUGGGUUAUAAUGAACUUGGAGAUUCUGGAGUGAAACUGGCCUCCGAGGCUCUGAGAAACCCAGAGUGUAAAAUACAGAAACUGUGUCUACGGUCUGUCGGUCUCACAGCUGCUGGUGUUGGGCAUCUCACAUCCGCUCUCAGUACAAACCACUCACUGACGGAGCUGGAUCUGGGUGGUAAUAAACUGAGAGAUUCAGGAAUGCAACUGGUGUCUACGGCUCUGAGGAACACAAAGUUUAAAAUGCAGAGACUCGGUCUGCGGUGUGUCGGUCUCACAGCUGCUGGUGUUGUGCAUCUUGCUUCUGUUCUCAAUACCAACCACUCACUGAUGGAGCUGGAUGGGUGCGAAUGAACUGGGAGAUUCUGGAGUGAAACUGAUGUUUGAGGCUCUGAGGAGCCCAGAGUGUAAAAUACAGAAACUGUGUUUGGAGUCUGUUGGCCUCACAGCUGCUGGUGUUGUGGAUCUCGCCUCCGUUCUGACUGCCAACCACUCACUGAUGGACCUUGAGCUGGGCAACAAUGAACUGGGAGAUUGGGGAGUGAAACUGGUGUCUGAGGCUCUGAGGAACCCGGAGUGUAAAAUACAGACACUGGGACUCUGGUGGACCAGACUCUCAGAUUCUGGCAUCGAGGAUCUCGUCUCAGCUCUUGUUACAAAACACUCAGUGAGGGAAUUGGAACUGCAUUGGAACACACUCACAGACCGAUCUGUCUCCGCUCUUCGCCACCUCAUACUGACCCACCCGAGUCUGGAGUGGAUUGAACUGAGGGGGAAUCAGUUCAGUUCAGAUGGAGAGAAACGGCUGAAAUCGCUGGAGGGAACCAGACCCGGACUGAGAGUGAUCUUCUGAACAUCCCACUGUGUGUACAUCACCACCCCCUGGGGUCGGAACAUUUCCCUCCCAUUUCCCACCCUCCCCUUUCAACCCGAACAUCCCAGCUGGAACUGAGCAAGUCUCUUGUGAUGACGUUGGAGGCCCUGCCCUGGGACCUGUGAAUCGGCCGCUCGGUCCCAGCGUGGUGCUUCCAUUGGAUGUCCAUGACUGGAUGUUGCCCGGUGCGCGGGCGGGACAGUCUCACUCAGUGUCCCUCGGACUGGGCUGAUCUCGGGAGGGAAUCUCUGGGGGUGAAGCAGCAGAGUGAACUGGGACUGGAACCGUCACUGCACCCUGUUCGGUAGCUGGCGAUGGAAGGAGUGAGUCGACUGGGCCAAUAAAUGAUCAGCAAUCUCUGUCGUGUGUUAUAGUUUGAUAAGUAGCAAUGUCCCAAAUGAUGAAUGACAGCGAUCCACAGGGCUGGUUACACAGGGGAUCAGCAGGAUUAAUGUGUUACUGAACGUUCUGCAGGAAUUCUGUCCCAUACACUAUUCAUCAUCAUGAUGUGUCGUAUGAUGUGGGCGAUCGUGGUCUUUCAUCUGUCUUUAAUCUCUUGUUCUUAUUCUUCUCCCCAUCUCUGACCCUGAAUCUUCUUGGCAAGAUUUUUCUUCAGGGGUGGUUUGCCCUCCUUCGGGGCAGUGUCUUUACAAGAUGGGUGACCCCAGGCGUUAUCGAUACUCUUCAGAGAUUGUCUGCCUGGGGUCAGUGGUUGCAUAAUCAGGACUUGUGAGAUGUUCUGGCUGCUCAUACGGCUUCACGUGACCCUGAUCGGGGGCUGAGCAGGUGCUACACCUUACCCAAGGGUGACCAGCAGGCGAGCAGAGGGAGGGAGUACCUUACACCUCCUUUGGUAGAGAUGAAUCUCCAACCCCCUCCCAAAACACAAUUAGACCAGGCUUUUAUUUUACAGUUUAAUAUGCAGAGACUAUCGUGUGAUGUUACUGAACUCAAUAAAUAGUUGUUAUUUUUGAA